AUGGGUAACAGCUCCUCGUCCUCAGGCCGAAACCACCAGGACGAGGCUGUCGACUUCGGCUCGUUAUCUCCACAAUGGUUCACCGGUCCAAGAGACUGGAAUCAGGCCGUCGUCUCACAGCUUAUCUGCCAGAGGAAGCUCGCACCCUUCUACAGACCGCUUGAGGAAUUCGAUAGCUCCUGGGACGACGAUCAAAUCCUUGCCGCCAGGAAGGAGCCAGUCGACGCUACUGGUGAGGCUGGUGCAGUCGAGGCCGGUGCCCGCAUAGAGGCAGCCUCUGCAAAUCCACCGAGACCUGGCCAUUCUAGACGACCCAACUCCAUCAAGGAGCCCGUGAAGCCUGAGGCGGCCAUCUACAGAAAUGCUGUCGAGUGUCCUAUAUGCUUCCUCUACUAUCCACCCAAUAUCAAUCAUUCUCGUUGCUGCGAUCAAGCUAUCUGCACGGAGUGCUUCGUCCAGAUCAAGCGAAACGAACCAACUACUACGCAUCUAGUGUCGGAACCGGCGGCGUGCCCGUACUGCGUCCAGGAUAACUUCGGGGUCGUGUAUACUGCCCCUCCGUGGCGAGCCGGUAUAGGGAGCGAAGGAUCGCCCUUCCCAUGGUCGGAUGCGCCGAAGGCUUCCCCAUCUGACACACGGGUUGGACAACUAACACACAAACGACGCCAGAAGAGCUUUAGCCACGAUAGCCCAGAUGUCGUCACAACAGAUCAAAUCAGACCUGACUGGGAAGCGAAGCUAGCCGCCGUGCGCGCUGCCGUAGCUCGUAGAGCAAAUAGAAGAAUCAUCAUGAGACAAGUUGGCGAUCGUCUGAUUCCUGUCGGUGUCACGAGUGGUCGCGUGCAUGCUAUCGGCGAGGAAGGUCAGACUGAGGGAGAUAAUGGUGGGAGGCGAUCGAGAAGGAGGCAUCAACAGCCUCAGCAAGGGUUUGACCAAUUAUUAGGGACGAUGGGCAUUGCUGGUCAAGAUCUGGAGGAGCUCAUGAUCAUGGAAGCUAUGCGUUUGUCUUUGAUUGAGCACGAAGACCAACAGCGGAAAGAGGCUGAAGAGAAGCGAAAGAAGGAGGCUGAAGAGGCGGCACAAAACCGAGAUACGCCAGAGGCCGGUACUUCUAGCUUAGAUGUCCCCUCAGCGCAUGAUGAAGCAUCGGCGCCUUCAUCGUCCUCGACUUCAAAUCUAGCUUCAUUUACCUCCACCUCGUCGCAACCCGCCGCUACCCCUAUCUCCUCUUCUCGCACCGGAAGCCCCUCGCCAUCACCUUCGCGUGCCAAUUUGUUGAGCUCGAAUGGAGAUGCUUCACGACCGAACCCUCCGCCGUUCAGCACUCUGAACGCCGCUUUGACUACGACAGCUGCAGCCGCAGCCGUCCUAGGCGCUUCUUCCGCCCCAGGAGCGGGCUCUGUAGGGAGCAGCGUAAAUGGGAUCACCAACGUGCCGACUUUCCAAGUAGAUAAUGCCCCUACGCCAGCUCCAGACGCUUCGUCAUCUUCAUUAGACCCUCACGCCUCUAACGAACCCCUUCCCUCCUCUCCCGACACUGAUGAACACCAAUUCGCCAAGUUGACCAUCUCAGGCAAUCAAGCUUCUAAUCCUGAGUGA